AUGGCUGAAUUCAUCAUCGAAGACAAGGACCUUGCCUCCCUCAACGGGAAAGUGAUCAUCGUCACUGGAGGCUCUUCCGGCAUUGGUCUUGCCACAGUCAAUCUCCUUCUGGCCCAGGGAGCCUCUGUGGUCAAUGCCGAUAUCCAGGCCCCGGCUGAGGAGCCUCAGGGCUCUUACACCUUCGUGAAGACCAAUGUUGCGGUCUGGGCUGAGCAGGUCGCUCUGUUCAAGAAGGCAAAGGAGGUCUAUGGUCGUAUUGACCAUGUCUUCGCCAAUGCCGGUGUUGGCCCUCGCGCAGACUACCUGUCUACCGAGGUGGAUGAGAAUGGCGACCCCAAGGAGCCUUCGCAUCUUCUACUCGAUGUCAGCUUGAAUGGCGUCAUCAACUCGGCUACCCUAGCCAUCUUUCACAUGCGACAGCAGCCUGAGGGUGGCAGCAUUGUCAUCACCGGCUCCACCACUGGCCUCCAGCGCCUUCGUGCUGUGGAUUACGCUGCUGCCAAGCACGCUGUGCUUGGUAUUGGAAGAGGUCUCGUCCCUCUGCUUGGUGCCGCCAACCUGCCCAUCCGAGUCAACACUCUUGCGCCAAGCUGGGCCGACAGCAGUGUCCUCCCAGGCCUCAAGGGUCUCUUGGAGGCCAUCGGGGUCGAACUGAUGCCCGCCUCUGCUGUUGCCCGUGGUGCAGCUCUCCUUAUGGCUGAUGAGUCCCGCAACGGAAACCUCAUCCAUGUUCAGCUUGGAAAGUACAAGGAGAUCGAUGAGGCCGUCCUUCUGCCUGCAUUUGAGUCGAUCAAGGGCCCCGACUACCCCAGCGAGGAUGAGGUUUUGCGCCGCCUGCAGGAGCUUGCGGCGUCUAACAAGGCAUAG